AAGAUUUCGAUUUUUAAAAGAUGCAGAUUGAGGAUUAUUUGUAUCAGAAGAGGCUUCAUCUACCUCUUGGAGGAAAAAAAUCCAAAGAUAUGUCACAAGCAGAUUGAGAUUUACUGGACCGUCAGGCUCUGGAAAGCAUCCGUUUAACAUUGGCCAAAAACAUCACAUUCAACAUCCUGGAGGAAAAGACGAUAGCUAAUUUGAUGAAGGCUCUAUCUAACAUGUAUAAAAAACCUUCGACUUCCAACAAGAUAUACCUUAUGCGUCAUCUAUUCAAUUUGAAGAUGCUCGAAGGUGCGUUUGUUACUGAUCACAUCAAUGAAUUCAAUCUGAUUACUAGUCAAUUAAGCUCUGUUCAUAUUAGUUUUGAGGAUGAAGUUCGUGUUUUAAUUUUAAUAUCUCCUUUGCCCGAGAAUUGGGGUGUUACUGUGACAGCGGUAAGUAGUUCUUGCGGCUCAAGCAAGCUGAAAUUCGAAGAGGUCCGAAAUCUGAUUCUCAAUGAAGAUAUCAAAAGGAAAGAAUCCAAAGAAAACUCUGGUUCUGUCUUGAUUAUUCAAGAAGACAGAGGAAGGACUAGACAAUGCAACAAAGGCCGUGGGAGAUCUAAGUCUAAACAGAGAAGCCAAUCAAGACCGAAAGGUGAUGGCUGUUGGCACUACAGCAAAAAAAAGCACAUCAGGAAGAACUGCUAGGCAAGAAAGGAUAAAGGACAGAACA